GUUUUUUCUCAGAGACGUUAACUUGCCAAGGGAACGAGCAGAAGAAUUUCAGGAAAGCUCUGUGUCUGUGUGUGCUAAACAGUGACUGAUACUUAUACUGGUAGUACCUGGAUAGAUAACCAUCAAGUAAUCUAUACACUAGAAGUAAGAAAUAAAAUAAAACCAACCUGGAAGAAGGCAACUGCAAAACACCACAGCAUAAAAAACAUAUGGACAUGAUCAUCUAGUUAUCGGAACUUGAGCCUGACUUGAAUCUUAUGUUUUUAGUAAAUGAUACUACAGUGAGAAAUCCCUUUCUCUAGUCUACACACUAUGAUUGGUUCCAUGUUUCGUACUAAGUCACAAUUGGCUAGGUACAAUUUGCAUAACAUACUAAGCAAAAAUCAAAGCGGCCACAUAAUGAAUUGGUGUGAUGUAUGAAGCUAGUGGUAAGUCUGUACUGUCUGGAGAAAAGCUAAUAAGUACAAUUGGUUUUCUGCAUGCUGUAGAAGGCAAGUCAUCUUGGAGUUAAUUUUAUCAUGUAGAAAGGAACUUAACACCCAAUAAUUGCAUUUUGCUUUUGAUAUGGCAGUUGAUAUGCCAGUUACAUGUGAUGGCAAUUUACAAAUCAACCUUUAUGAUCGAGCUAGCCCUGUUUGAAGGGGAAAUUUUAGUUGGAGUGUGAAAUGGAAAAGAACUGUUUUGAAAUACAUACGUAAAAUUUAGGAUGAGAGGUUUCCAGUAUGGUAGAAAAAUGGGAGUUUGUUUUGAACCCUAAUUGACUAAUGAUGAUUAUGUGUCAUCAAGUUGGUGGGGCUCAUCACAACAACAGAGAGGGAUUUUCUCCAGGAUGAUCUGUCCCUAACCUGGUCCUUCAGCCCUGUUGUGCUGCCUCAUUGUGGUAAGGAGGAGGCAUGAUGAAGAACCAUGGAAGUGUUUACUACAAUAUAUAUUCCCAGCAGUGGUGAAAACCAUCACAGUUGCUCAGCUAAAGCAAGAGGCUCCCAUAUUGGGCAACAAGAAUACAGGAAAAUGCUUGAAGCAGAUGAUCACUUGAGUGACAACAGCAAAGGCAUUGUUUCGUACUGCACAGAAGAAAGCAAUGGAAAACCACCCCUGUAAUUAAAAUCCAUUUGGAUAGAUGAUCUAAACAUUGUUGCAAAUCUAAAAUGUGCUGCUUCUGAGGUUUUAAUCAAGCAAUCUAUUUAUGAACACUAAGAGCCUGGAGUUUCUGUGAAGAACUUCCUAUAGUUCACCUACAAGCAUGACAGAUAAGGAGUAUAUAACUUCUAAAGAAAUCAUUUCAGGCCCUUCUGUCUCUGUGACUGAGCCUGGGAUCUGUGAAGAACUGAGCAAAUCUUUUCCCUGGACAAAUAAGAAAAGGAAGAGUUGGCUUUCAAGGCUGUGUAAGAAAAAAACAUCUUUGUCAGAAAAUGGAUGGAAUUCCUACUGCUUAUCUUCAUUAGCUGCCCGGAAUAUUUGCACUGGCAAACUUCAUAACUCUUGGGAUCAUUUGGAAACUGCUUCCCUUUGUUGUUCCAUAUGCAGCACCUCUUCUUGUUCUCUCUUAAAUGCACUGACUUGGGGAGAAUCCAUUCAGGCACUGUCAAGUAGUAUCCGUAACCCAAACAAAGCUAUCUUCACUGUGGAUGUUAGAACAACUGAGAUUCUAGUUGCAAAUGAUAAAGCCUGCAAGAUUCUUGGAUAUAGUGCCCAGGAAAUGAUUGGACGGAAAUUAUCUGAAAUGAUUUCAAAAUCCAACUGGGAUAUUGUAGAAGGUCUGAAAAAAGGGUAUACUGAUCUUGAAGAACAUGGACCAGUAAUUCCAGGAACAGUGGUAGAUGCCAUUUCCCAAAAUAACGAAAAGAUCCCUGUCACUAUAUGGACAAGAAAAAUCAAAGGCCAUUGCAGUCAGUACUGUGUUGUUGUUUUGGAGCCUGUGGAAAGACUCUCUGCUUCCGUUUUCUUCAAAAGUAAUGGAGAAAUUACUUCUUGUGACCCCCUUUUUGCUCACCUUCAUGGAUAUUCAUCAUCAGAAGAUGUGAUUGGUCACUACAUAAAAGAUUUGAUACCUUCUAUCCAACUUCCUACACCUGGGAAAAAAAUUCCAAAGAAUAUCAAAAUUCAGAGAUCUGUUGGUCGAUCAAGGGAAGGAACCACAUUCCCUCUCAGCUUGAAACUGAAAGUAAAUCCUCCUGUUGAUGAAGUUAUUUCAGUAUCAGAUGACCCUCCACCAGCUAUGGAUGCUGAAGCUUUGGAAAACAGCACAUCUUUACCAAUAGAUUGUUGUUUCUGUGCUUCCAUCUGGGUGUUCACAACUAUCAGUGGAUUGGUAACCAUUCAGGCAGAUGGCACAAUUUAUGGGAUUAACAAUACGUUUUCCCUAAUGCUUUUUGGUUAUGAGAAGAAAGAACUAUUAGGCAAGAAUAUCACAUUCUUGAUUCCUGGAUUUUACAAGAACAUGGAUAAGACUGAUUCUUCUUUGCAACUCCCACAAUCUAGAGAAAGCUAUGUGAAUGCAGAAAACACGAAUUCCUCCGAAGGAAUGCAGAAGGAUGGAUGUGUUAUUGGGAAAGUCACCCGUUCAUUCUUUGUUGGAGACAUGGAUUUGCCAGAUCUGAAGGAACAACAAGAAUUAGGGAGGAAUGGAGCUGAGCUUCCACCUAAAAAGGAAAUCCAGCGGGAAAGUUUGGGAAAUGUGUCCUGUGCUCUGCUGCCUCCUGCCGUGGUAUCUGCAUCCCUAAUUAGCAGAAACCACAUACCUAGCAAUAAUGUGCUAGCUACUAAUGAAGCUGUAUCUUCUGAGAAUCUAUAUUGUGAAGAUGGUAUUGAAAAAGAGACUGGAAAAUCUGCUAUUCAUCAGAUGAAUGAACUACAUUCUCUAAAACAGAAUCAUUCAGAAUCAAAUGUAUUAGAUGAUAGAAGUAAACUAAAUAAUUGCCUUUCCAGAAAUACUUAUGACCUAAUUCAGGAAGAAAAUGAUAAUUUGAAUAUACAGGAUUCUACUUCACUGCAAGACAUGAAGUACCAGCCUUCCACAAUAAGAAGAGGAAGGAAACAUUCUCUCCUGGGCAGUGAGACAUUUGAUAAAAAAUUAUUAAAAGCUGAAUUACAACUUGGGGCAAAUGUGCCUUGUGAAGCUGUUCAUGGUUCAUUUGGAACUCCAUCACCGGAUGAGUCAAAGGACAAUAUAGCAUCUAAUUCAACGCAAAGCCAUGAAAUUCCACACAGAACUCUAAUGAAUAGAACCAUUAGCUUAACUUUUGAGAAUAAUUCCUUAGAAAGUUCAACUAUUGAUUCUUCAGUUUUUCUGCCUGCAAAAAAGAGCAAUAGUCUUCCUGUAUAUGGAGGAUCAUCGAAACUUUAUGAUGCCUCUAUAAUUAUGGGAAGUGAAAAUGUGGGUAGUAACCAUUCUGUUUGCUGUGGAAUGAUGAAUCUGGGGAUUAGUGAAGAGGUGAGAUCUGACCCAUGUGCUGCCUGUGGACCAAUAAAACUUUCCUUAGAUGCGAAAAAUCUCAUCCAGUCCCUGGAUCAGGCGAAUGAUAUUACAAGUGAUCAGUUGGAGUUUCUCUUGAAUGGUAGCUCUCCAUCAGCCAGUCAGAAGAACUUGUUUGUUAAUAAGUCUUCUGAGUACUUUGACAGUGAUUUCUCUAUACUUUGUACUUCAGAACUUGAAAGUGCUGUACCAACUUUGAGGGAUGAUCUAGAAAUUAAUUCACUAAAAAGUAAUGUUGAAUCUCAAGAAGACUUCCUGGCAUUAAAGCAGCAGCAUUUGGCACAGAUAACAUCAACUCCUGUAAAACUAGAAAAUGUGCUAUCUCCAACAACUUUGAACACUGAAAUACUAGAAGGCAGUUAUACUGGUAACUGCUACCACCGAGAUGGUUCCCGACUCAGCAUACUCUUUGAAGUGAAACGUGUGGAAUUACAUGAUCCGGCUGCUCUAUUUUGUAUUUGGGUUAUGAGAGACUUUUUUCAAAGCCAGAAACAAGCAGCAGCAAAGACACAAUUACUUCUUUCUAGCUUGGCCAGUUCCUGCCAAACAUUAGAUGAAGUCUCAGCUGUUAAUUUGUCAGAAUUAAUCAAAACCACACCCUUAUUUGAGAAUUCACGAAGAGCCGAAGAAUUAGAAAGACUGAAAGCUUGUGAAGGAGGCUAUGCAGAGAAAUAUGAUACUCUUACUUUUAUUGGAAAAGGAGCUUUUGGGUUUGUCUGGACAGCAAAGUGCAAAAUGAACCAAAAAGAGGUCGUAGUGAAAUUCAUUUGGAAAGGAAGGGUAUUAGACUACUGCUGGGUGGAGGAUCCUGACCUAGGGACAGUUACUCAGGAGAUUGCUAUUCUGAAAAAACUUCAACAUCCCAAUAUUAUCGAGGUACUAGAUAUUUUUGAGAACCAGCAGUUCUUUCAGCUGGUGAUGGAGAAGCACGGAACUGGUCUAGAUCUCUUCACAUUCAUUGAUAAUCAACCUGAUUUGGAUGAACCUUUGGCAAGUUACAUAUUCCGGCAGCUCGUAUCUGCAGUGAACUAUCUUCGCUCGAGGAACAUUCUUCACAGAGAUAUAAAAGAUGAGAACAUCAUAAUUGCUGAAGAUUUCACAAUCAAGCUAAUAGACUUUGGCUCAGCUGCUUAUUUGGAACCUGGCAAAAUGUUCUAUACUUUUUGUGGGACAAUUGAGUAUUGCUCUCCAGAAGUGCUAUCAGGCAAUCCAUACUCAGGACCAGAAUUGGAAAUGUGGUCACUAGGCAUCACCCUUUAUACCAUAGUCUUUGGAGAAAAUCCUUUUUGUGAGCUUGAAGAAACAAUUGAUGCUGUACUACGACCUCCUUACAGUGUGUCAGUUGAUCUGAUGGGUCUCCUGUCUGGGCUCUUGAAGCCUUUUCCACAGGAUCGGAUAACUCUAGAAAUGGUCAUGCGGGAUCCUUGGGUGAUCCAACCUGUAAACCUGAUGAACUAUGCAUGGGAGAAAGUAUUUACUUGUGGCAAACCAGAAAACAACAGUUUUAAAAAUCAUCCUACUGACUGCAAUCAUGGUGGUAUCUGGGCAAUCCCAAGCCUGGAGAGUGAGCAGAGUUUUAAUGAUGAGGUCAAUAAUCAUGAGCCAGCAAAUUCCCAGCUAGCUGGAAUUAUCUCUUCUGCAGAACGAGAGCCAUCAACCUCUUCCCAAUGCCAGAAUCACUGAAAUCUUAACUUUGGACAUAAUCUUCUUGAGAACUAAAAAAAAAAAUACCACAAGGACAUCAGUGUGAUGAACAUAAUGAAGCAGCAAAAUUACAAGUUCACUCUGCCUCCUGUGAGCACGUCUGAUAUGAUUCUUUAAUUUCGACAUAUGGGGAAUUAGUCUUCAUAGUUAGUGCCUAUCUACAUAAAAUAUCUGAUAAAAAAGAAAAUAUAAUGAUGGGCAUAUAUUUUACCUCCCUAAGAGAGAUCAUCUUCCAAAAUUUAGCUGAUACAUAACUAAAGGAAUAAUCAGUAUUAGUUUAUAAUACUCUGUAUUUUAGCUUUGUGGAUGGUCUUUCUUCAGAUAAAUCCUCACAAUGGAGGAAACAUUGCACAUGUUAAGUUUAAAUGCAAGGUCAAUAUUUUCUUCUAAAUAUCAAGACAAAACAAAACUUUUUACUAUGUUAAUCAACAACUGGCACUGAAACUAGGUAUCUAUUUUCCAACAAACGACCUUAGCCAGAGAUUUCUGACAGGUGAGUUUUACUUAAAAACCUUUAUUAUGCUGAAAGAAAUAGUCAUUAGAAAGUUCCAUUGAUUUGAGCAAUUCUUUCUUUUUUUUAAAAAAAAACAUUUCUGUGGAUUAUAAAUUGGCAAUUUAACAUUUUAUAUUUCUUUUUUAACUGUUAGGAACAAUACCUUUCAGAUUAGUUUAGCACAGCAGAUAAUUACUUCUCUUUAUUGAUUGUGUUGCUUGAUGACUUGAUAGGUGAACAUCUGUAUUUGACUCUAAUUCUUCUAAGGAGUAUUUCCUUCAAUAAUGCAGCUAUCCUUAAUAUUAAUGCCACUUUGAAUGUUAUUUUACUAGGGUUCACUUAGAGCAGUGGUUCUCAACCUUUCUAAUGCCGCAACCCCAUAAUACAGUUCCCCAUGUUGUGGUGAUCCCCAACCACUUAUACAUCACCGGGUGCCAGGGGCGUGGCCAAAGAAAAGGGGGAAAAAUGGCAGACAGCCUUGUUUGGUGACCCCCGUGAAAUGGUCUUUCGACCCCAAAUGGGGUCCCGACCCACAGCUUGAGAACCACUGACUUAGAGGGUGUUUCAGUGGAACACAUUUUCAGCUCUUUUUUGGUUAUAUUAUGAGGUUGUGACUUCCUUUCUUUCAUGAUGAAGAAAGCUAUUACCCAAUCUAUACAGAGAAGAAAAUAUUUGGAAGAAUUCUAAUAAGAAUGUGUUUUUAUGUAUGUGUGUAGUACAGAAAAAAACAAUAGCUUGCAACAACUACUGUUAAAUCAGUCUAUUUAAUAUAUUCUAUCCCUUGAUGUCUACUGUUUAUCUGGUUAUGUAUUUCACAGUAGUGUGGGAAAAGUGCAAAAUUUUAGAUUGACAUGAUUCCAUGUUAUCCAGUUCGCUAAAGAGACCUAUGUAAUAACAUUAUUACAGAAGGAUGCAAUUGAAAAAUAAUCCAAGAGAAGGCCUCACUAGAUAAUGUCCCCCUUGGGCGUAAUAUCUGGAUUUGUCAGAUAAAGUUAGACUAAAUCCAAGUAAGGCUGUGCAAACAUGCAAAAAGGUGUUUUGAAACUGAUAUUUGUUUCCUUUCAAAAGCUGUUCCUGGCUAUGUGCACAUGUAUUUUCAUGGAUAGUUGUUUUGUUGACAAUUCUAAUGGAAACAUUUGUGCACGCAUGCACAGAAAAUCUAAGAUUACCUUCAACAUAAUCUUAUGAACAUUCCAGAGGAGCUGGGUGCUUUAAUGCUUCAAGGAAAAUAGGUGCUUUGUUUAGCUAAUGUACUUUGUGAAGCACCUCAUUCACUUCUUUUGCACAACUAUAAUAAUCGGAUCAAUCUUGAAUUUUUGCCAUAAACUCUAUUUUAGACUAUGAGAACUUAUUGAAUUAUAUUUGCUGUAAUUGUGUUAAAUCAUUUGCUGAAAUGAAUGAAAUACACAGCAGUAUUUUAA